CUGAGGUAAAUUUCUACAAAUGGCCAAGACUACAUACAUUGUUUUCUCAAUAUAAAAGGCCAAGACAAGUUAAAGAUUCAUUCAUAAGUGUGACAAAAAUGGAGGAUUUAAAGGAAAAGGUCAAUGAAGGGGAACCAACGCAAAUUAAGUAUAGAGGAGUACGUAGGAGACCAUGGGGAAAAUUUGCUGCAGAAAUUAGAGAUUCAGCUAGACAUGGUGCUCGUGUGUGGCUCGGGACAUUUAACACUGCUGAGGAGGCCGCAAGAGCUUAUGAUCGUGCUGCCUUUGAGAUGAGAGGUGCUACGGCCAUUCUCAACUUCCCAGAUGAACACCCUCCUUGCAAUGUGACUUCUCUUAGCAAGAAGUCCUCAUCAUCUAACACUGAGAUUGGUAAACAAGUUGUGGUAUUUGAGUGCUUGGAUGACAAAUUGUUAGAGGAACUCCUUGAUUGUGAUGGGGAAAACCAUCAAUGAAAACUUGGAUUAUUAGGAAGAUAAGGUUCAACUUUUUAAUCCUAAAUUGGUAUGUAGUGCUUGUGUACAAUUAAAUACAGUAAAGUUGCUUAGUGGUUAUACAAUUUUUAUUCAUGAAUUACAUGUAUUUUUUUUAGGACUGUAAAAUUUGAGUAUUUUCACCUUGCGCUAUUGUGAGAGGAAAAAACAGAGUUUAGUAAUGUAUGUUGAAUGCAAGAUGGAACUUGUAAGUUGUAACUGUA